CACAAACAUGUAUUCCUGGUUCGUUCAGACAACACGGGAAUCGUCGCCGUAACCAACAAAGGUCGAUCACGGAGCAACACUACCAACAUCAUCCUCAAGCACAUCUUCGCGCUGCAAGCACAACACGAUAUUCGCAUUCGCACAGAGUAUGUACCCAGUCGAGAAAACAUCGCAGACGCACUUUCCCGUGGC